GGAAUGUCUAUUUCCCAGCAUGCCCCGUUCUCCUCCCACCUCCCCUUUGACCUCCAGUGAUGUGCUAAACAUCCGGGCUAUCUGUACUAUAGAGGGAAGAUGGCGGCGGCAGUACUACCUGCUGAUUGGGUGAAGAACUGGGAAAAAACAGGAAAAAAUGACUUUGUGCAGUUGUGUCGCAACCUCAGUGAGAAAGGACAAGAAAAUGUGACAUUCAGAGAUAUCCAGCAGGUUCUUUAUGAGCUGGCCUGUCACGUAAUUAAAGGAAGUCUGAAGCCUGAUCAAGCUUACGGAAUGCUGUCAGAAAUCAUAGAUUUAAGGGAGGACAUGCCUUCAAUACUAGCAGAUGUGUUUUGUAUUUUGGAUAUUGAAACAAGUUGUUUAGAAGAGAAAUGGAGGAGAGAUCAUUUUACUCAGUUGGUCUUAUCAUGUUUGGGUCUAAUAUCCGAUACUAUUCUAAAAGAGCGUCUGGAUCCUGAAACACUGGAAUCAUUAGGACUCAUCAAGCAGUCUCAGCAAUUCAAUCAGAAAUCUGUAAAAAUAAAAACAAAACUUUUUUAUAAACAGCAAAAAUUCAAUUUAUUAAGAGAAGAGAAUGAAGGAUAUGCUAAAUUAAUUUCAGAGCUUGGACAAGAUCUGUCGGGGAGUAUAGCAAGUGAUUUAAUCCUGGAAAAUAUCAAAUCUCUUAUUGGAUGUUUCAACUUGGAUCCAAAUAGAGUAUUGGAUAUUAUCCUGGAAGUAUAUGAAUGCAGACCACAGCAUGACGAUUUUUUUGUACCAUUAAUUGAAUCUUAUAUGGGCAUGUGUGAACUACAGACGCUCUGCCACAUCCUUGGAUUUAAAUUCAAGUUUUACCAGGAGCCUAAUGGAGAGACCCCUACUUCUUUGUACAGAGUUGCUGCAAUUCUUUUACAACAGAAUUUAAUUGAUUUGGAUGACCUUUAUGUACAUCUUCUGCCAUUAGAUAACAGCAUUCUUGAAGAACACAAAAGGGAAGUUAUGGAAGCAAAACAGAUUGCAAGAAAGUUGACAAUGGUGGUCCUUUCAUCUGAAAAGUCAGAGGAUAAAGACAAGGAAAAAGAAAAAGAUGAAGAAAAAACAGAAAAGGCACCGGACAACCAGAAGCUUGGAUUGCUUGAAGCACUGCUAAAGAUUGGGGACUGGCAGCAUGCUCAAAACAUUAUGGAUCAAAUGCCUCCAUUCUAUGCCACAUCACAUAAGCCUAUCGCAUUAGCACUGUGUCACCUUAUCCAUGUCACUAUAGAGCACUUGUAUAGAAGGGUGGGAGUCCCUAAAGGUGCGAAGGGAUCUCGUGUUUUCUCUUUGAGCAGCAAGAAGGCCCCCAAACCAUUGGAAUGUUUUGAUGAUUUAAGAAGAGAUGUUUUCAGUAUGCUCUGUUUCCUUGGACCAUACCUAUCGCAUGAUCCCAUUUUGCUAGCAAAAAUUGUCAGAUUGGGCAAAGCUUUUAUGAAAGAGUUUCAGUCUGAGUCAAAUAAAGUAGACGAUAAAGAGAAAAUGGAAAUCCUGUUUAGUUGUUUUCUAAGCAUCACAGACCAAGUUUUACUUCCGUCAUUAACGUUAAUGGAUUGUAAUGCGUGUUUGUCUGAAGAACUUUGGGGCAUGAUCAAAACCUUUCCAUACCAAUACAGGUAUCGUCUAUAUGGACAGUGGAAGAAUGAAACCUACAAUAAUCAUCCAUUGCUUGUAAAAGUUAAAGCACAAACAAUUGAUAGAGCCAAAUACAUUAUGAAACGUCUUACAAAAGAAAAUGUGAAGCCAUCGGGACGGCAAAUAGGAAAACUAAGCCAUAGUAAUCCAACGAUUUUGUUUGACUAUAUACUUUCACAAAUUCAGAAGUAUGACAACUUAAUUACACCUGUUGUAGAUUCAUUGAAAUAUCUCACUUCCCUAAACUAUGAUGUCCUUGCAUACUGUAUUAUUGAGGCACUUGCAAAUCCCGAGAAAGAAAAGAUGAAGCAUGAUGACACCACAAUAUCCAGCUGGUUGCAAAGCUUGGCUAGCUUUUGUGGAGCAAUUUUUCGUAAAUAUCCUAUUGAAUUGGCUGGCCUUCUGCAGUAUGUAGCAAAUCAGUUGAAAGCUGGUAAGAGCUUUGAUUUACUGAUUCUAAAAGAGGUGGUACAAAAAAUGGCUGGCAUUGAAAUUACGGAGGAAAUUACAAUGGAGCAACUUGAAGCAAUGACAGGCGGAGAGCAACUUAAAGCAGAGGGUGGUUAUUUUGGACAAAUUAGGAAUACAAAGAAAUCUUCUCAGAGGUUAAAAGAUGCUUUGCUUGACCAUGACCUGGCUCUUCCUUUGUGUCUGUUAAUGGCUCAGCAGAGAAAUGGAGUGGUUUUCCAGGAGGGAGGAGAGAAACAUUUAAAGCUGGUGGGGAAGCUCUAUGAUCAGUGUCACGACACACUAGUUCAGUUUGGUGGCUUUCUGGCAUCUAAUCUGAGUACAGAAGAUUACAUAAAACGUGUUCCGUCCAUAGAUUUGUUAUGCAAUGAAUAUCACACCCCUCACGAUGCUGCAUUUUUCCUAUCCAGACCAAUGUAUGCACAUCACAUUUCAUCUAAAUAUGAUGAGCUGAAGAAAACCGAGAAGGGAAACAAACAGCAGCAUAAGGUGCACAAAUACAUCUCAUCGUGUGAAGCUGUCAUGGCUCCUGUUCACGAAGCUGUCAUUUCCUUGCACCCUCCUAAAGUGUGGGAGGAUAUCAGCCCCAUGUUUUAUGCUACCUUUUGGUCCUUAACUAUGUAUGACCUUGCUGUUCCAACAUCCAGCUACAACAGAGAAAUCAACAAGUUGAAAAUACAGAUGAAAGCCAUUGAUGACAAUCUUGAAAUGGCUCCAAACAAAAAGAAAAAGGAAAGAGAAAGAUGCACUGCUCUACAAGAUAAGCUAGUAGAGGAAGAGAAGAAGCAAUCAGAGCAUGUAGCUAGAGUUCUGCAGAGAAUGAAACUGGAAAAAGACAAUUGGCUUUUGGCACGGUCUACCAAGAAUGAGACGAUCACCAAAUUUUUACAGCUUUGUAUAUUUCCCCGCUGUGUGUUCUCAUCAAUUGAUGCUGUAUACUGUGCUCGGUUUGUAGAGCUUGUACACUUACAGAAAACGCCUAACUUUUCUACACUACUUUGCUAUGAUAGAGUCUUCUCGGACAUCAUUUACACUGUUGCAAGCUGCACAGAAAAUGAAGCCAGCCGUUAUGGAAGAUUUCUUUGUUGUAUGCUGGAAACUGUUACCAAGUGGCACAGUGAUCGAGCCAUAUAUGAUAAGGAUUGUGGAAGCUAUCCAGGUUUUGUCACUAUUCUAAGGGCAUCCAAUUUUGAUGGAGGCAACAAGGCUGACCAGUUAGAUUAUGAGAAUUUCCGGCAUGUCGUUCACAAAUGGCACUAUAAGCUUACUAAGGCAUCAGUUCAUUGUCUUGAGACAGGAGAAUAUACUCAUAUCAGGAAUAUUUUAAUUGUACUGACCAAAAUCUUACCUUGGUAUCCCAAAGUGCUGAACUUGGGACAAGCCCUGGAACGGAGAGUGCACAAAAUCUGUCAAGAGGAGAAAGAAAAAAGACCUGAUCUUUAUGCAUUGGCCAUGGGCUACUCUGGACAGUUGAAAAGCAGGAAAUCUUUCAUGGUACCUGAAAAUGAAUUUCAUCAUAAAGAUCCCCCUGCUAGGAACGUCAUUCCACCUACUGUACAGAAUGGACCUGGAGCUUCCAGUCAGUCAGCGUCCGUCUUGGUGAAUGCAGCUAAACCAGAAGAAACCAGCACUGAGGAUAUUGAAAAAUUAAAGGAGAAACCUCAAAGUACAUUGAAAGUUGUUACCAAAGCUGCAACUGCAACACCCAAAGUCACUGCAAAUAAUGGAAGUAGCUCCUCAAACAGCAAAGUUAUAAAAGAAAAGGAAGACAAAGAUAAAAUGGGGAAGGAAAAGGAGAAAGAUAAAAAGGAGAAAACUCCAGCAGCUCCACAAGAGACCAAGGCACCAGGCAAGGAUGGAAAGGAUAAAGUAAAGGAAGACCGGGCAAAUAAAGAUGAAAAACCGAAAGACGUAAAGGAGAAAACUCCUAAAUCUGAUAAAGAGAAGGAAAAACCGAAAAAGGAAGAAAAAUCUCAGAAGGAAGAAAAAUCUAAGGCUGCUACGACAAGUACUGAAUCAAAACUGGCUGCAGAGAAGGAGAAAGAAAAGGAGCCCUCUCGGGAGAGAGAUCUUUUUAAGGAAUCUAAAUUGAAAGAAAGUUCUAAAGGAGGAGAUAAAACCGCUGUUGCUGGGUCUUUGAAGUCUCCUAUUCCCAGAUCGGAGACCUCUGAGCCUGAAAGGGAACAAAAACGUCGUAAAAUUGAUACGCAUUCUUCCCCAUCACAUUCCUCAGCAGUAAAGGACAACCUCAAUGAAUUUAAGGACUCUUCAACAAAGCACUACACAAACCACACUACCCCGCCAACAUCCAAGAGCAAAGAGAGAGAAGUAGAGAAGAAAGAGGUCGAUAAAUCAAGAGAACGUUCUCGUGAGAGAGAGAAAAAGGAGGAAAAAGAAAGAAAAGAGAGAAAAAGGGAUCAUUCAAACAGCGACCGUGAAGUGAACCAGGAGUCAAAAAGACGCAAAGAGGAGAAUGGAACUAGUGGUUCCUCCAAACACAGUAAAAGCGAGAGCCCAUCUGAUUCUCCUCGCUCAAAUGAAAAAGACCGAAACAAGUCUAAAUCCUCAAAUAAAGAAAAGGCAGAGAUAAUGAAAUCGGACAAGAUGGAGAAAAGUUCUUCCAGCAGCAAAAAGGAAUCGCGACAUGACAAAGAAAAAUCUGAGAAAAAAGAGAAACGUGAGAGUGCAGGAGGAAAAGAAGAGAAAAAACAUCAUAAAUCUUCAGAUAAGCACAGAUAAUGAUGUCUGCGUCUACUGCUCUUGGUUUAUUUGAGAAUACACAUUAUUACAUCGGAUCCUGCAGCUGGAUGAUGGCAAGAUGUAUCCAGGCGUGUAUUUAUCACAAUAUUAAUUGCACAGUUAUUUCUCAAUGAAGAGGCCCAAUUGCAUCUUCUUAAAUUAUUGAUUUCAGUUUUCUUUCUUUUCUUUUUUUUUUUUUUCCCCCCACCAUCAAGAUAAUGUUCAAGUUGUGCUUUAUUGUAUUUUAAUGUGUUGCUAGUUUUCUUAUACAUAUUAUUUUCAGUACAUGGCUGAAAGUGUUUACCUAUUCCAUAAUUUUAAGCACAAUGUGCUACAGAGAAUUGCCACAGUGCAAACAAGGUUCCAUUUUUUUUGUGUACAGAGUUUCUUUAGAUCAUCCAAGAGAGCAAAAAAGAAAAAAAAAACUGCCUGAAAAAUUUGCCAUAUGGAAUGCAUCUUUUUUUAAUUGUUGCAACCGAAAAUAAACAGUUAUUCAACAGAUUUUGAAUUUACCUCAUUUAACCUCCGUUUUAUUUAUUACCUGACCUGUUUGUAAGGUGUGUGGAGCACAGUUUCCAUGCUAACUGAGAGCAAUUGUUUGUAUAUUAUGUAGAACUUGUGUCUGAUCAAGAAAGUGGAAAGCACUCCUUUUACUUGACUGUCCCCAAACACAAUUCUGUUUUGUCAUUUAAUGUAUUUUUUUAAUCAAGGGAGAAUAAAUAUCACUCGCGAGAAAUUAGGAUUAAAAUAUAAAAGUACAGGAGCUUUGUACCGCCGAACUAUAGUGUGAAAAGUUUCAAAGACUUUUUUAAAAGAAAUUUUUAACUGCUGAAUUCUACCAGUGUAAGCUUUUUUUUCUAAAUAAACAAUAGUUUUCUCAA